UCUGCAAACAGGACUUCAGAGCUCUUUCCUGGUAAAACACUUGAUGUUUUUCAGGCUCAUGCACUGGUUGGGAGGCUGUGGAAUCCUUGGUGUAGGCAUCUGGCUGGCUGUUACCCAAGGGAACUUUGCCACCCUCUCCUCUUCUUUCCCGUCCCUCUCAGCUGCAAACCUACUGAUCGUCACAGGGACGUUUGUCAUGAUCAUUGGCUUCGUGGGCUGCAUAGGCGCCAUCAAAGAAAACAAGUGCCUCCUGCUGAGUUUUUUUAUCAUGCUGUUAAUUAUAUUUCUGUUGGAGCUCACUGUUGUGAUCCUGUUCUUCGUCUACACCGACAAG